AUGGCUCCCUCAUCCGCAACCCCAAUCUCAAUCCCAACCUUCGCGCGCACCCAGCUCGAGUUACUCGCCGCCGAACAAGCAGCCGAGACCGCACAGACCGCUACACUCCUCUCGUCCUCCUCGCCAGCUACUCUUGCGUCUGCGGGUCUCGCGCUCACGAAUCUGGUGCUUAGCGCUCAGCGGACGGGGCUGGGUGGGAAGACGGUGGUUGAGCUGGAGGUUGAUAGUGCUGUUGUGGGGAAAGACUCUAGCGGUGGUGGGGUUGAGCAUGGCAUUCGCGUUGGGGAUAUCGUGAGGGUGGGGGUACAGCCUAAGGGGGCGGAGAGGAAGAGGGAGAAAGCUGAGCUUGAUGGUAAGGGGGUAGAGGGUGUUGUUGUGAGGAGUAGGAGGAAUGGUAUUGAGGUUGCUGUAGACGAGGGGGCAGGGGGGAAGGGAGAGGAGGGUUUGGAUGGGCUACUGGGGGGGAGGCUGUGGGUGUGA